AUGUCAAUUGUGAGAAGAAGCGAUCACGACUGCUACGACCACUACGAGUUGAAAGACUACAACAAGUUAUUCAAAUGCGACGGCUGCAAGAUGAAAGGCUUCGGCCCGCGAUACCACUGCGCUCCAUGUGGCCGUGAGCUCCACAAAGAGUGCAGACACCCAAAGUCCACCAUUCACCAUGACUACUUUGGGGGCUCCAUUUUCACCUUCCGUCGCGAACCCUACACCAAACUCGUCAGCCAUAACCGUCGACAAUUUUCCAAAUGUUGUGACGCUUGUGGAAAGGAUGUAUGCGGCUUCAGCUACCGCUGCGAGGAAAACGACAAAGACUUGCACCCCUGUUGUGCCAACCUUGAGGAGAAGCUGCUCAUCGACAACACCAUUUUCGAUCUUCAGUCCGAUGUUUCCUCCAAGUGCAUCCGAUGCAAGAAGAAGAAGAUUACUGACGGAGCAAGAGACGUACGAGGGUGGUCAUACGUCUCAGCAUGCGGUAAGUACCAUUUCCACGUGUAUUGCAUGGCUGAAUUGGUGCACGAUGCAUGCAUGAGGUAUGGUGAGGUUGGACCGGGAACUGGUGAGCUUGCUAGAUCUAGCGGACGCAGGGGGAGUCGUGCUCAAAAGAUGCUUCAGAUGAUCAAAUCGGUCGUCAAAAUCAUUUUGGCGGCUCUUUUGGGAGAUCCUACCAUGCUUAUAUCCAAUGUCAUUGUCGACUUGGUGUCGCGUAGUUUGUAG